AGGAGCCGCGGAGUUCCCGCAGUUGGCUUGCUGCUGUGUAGCUGUUGUUGGCGUUCUUGGCCCGGCACCCGCCGGGAAAAAGACGGGACCAUUUCGGAUCUCAAGCAAACAGCCACCUCCUGUCUAGUCGUGGCUUUUCCAAACCCUCCGAGGAGAGCGGGAUCUUUUGGUCCUUCCUGUAUUUCCGACCAUUACAGGAUCUAGAAAUGUCGACGACACUUCUAUCUGCCUUCUACGACAUUGAUUUCUUGUGCAAGCAGACGGAGAAGUCCCUGACCAACCUCAGCAGCAUGCUGGACAAGAAGGCCGUGGGGACCCCGGUGACCUCCCCCAGUUCCAGCUUCGCGCCGGGCUUUCUGCGACGGCACUCCACCAGCAACCUGCCGGCGCUGGCCGGUGGGUCCAAAUUCCCCAGCCCUGCCGGCUCCAGCUCUUCCUCCACAUCUUCCUCCUCCUCUUCCUCCUCCUCCUCGUUCGGCAGCCUGAAGGAGACGGGCUCCGGCGGAGGUGGCAGCAGUAGCAGUCCCACGGCCCUGCUUAACAAGGAGAACAAGUUCCGGGACCGCUCCUUCAGCGAGAACGGCGAGCGCAGCCAACACCUCAUGCAGCAGCUCCAGCAGCAGCAGCAGGCGGCGGCGGCCGGCAAGGGGGGCGGUUCCGGUGGCGGCGGCGGGGCCCCCAUCAACUCGACGCGCUACAAAACGGAGCUUUGCCGCCCCUUCGAGGAAAGCGGCGCCUGCAAGUACGGCGAGAAGUGCCAGUUCGCCCACGGCUUCCACGAGCUGCGCAGCCUCACUCGCCACCCCAAAUACAAGACCGAGCUCUGCCGCACCUUCCACACCAUCGGCUUCUGCCCCUACGGCCCGCGCUGCCACUUCAUCCACAACGCCGAAGAGCGCCGCCCGGCGCCCGGCGGGGGCACGACCGCCCCUCCUCCCGCCGCCGGCGCGGGGCCUCACCACCACUCUCACCACACUCCUCACCCCGCCGGCAGCACCGGGGACCUCCGCGCGUUUGCUCCCCGUGACCACACGUUGGGCGGCGGCGGGUUCGGGCACCCCCGCGGCGGGGAGCGGCCUAAGCUGCACCACAGCCUGAGCUUCUCCGGGUUCUCCGCCCAUCACCACCACCAACCGCCGCACCCCCACAGCGCCGCCCCACCGCCGCCGCCCGCGGGUCGCCUUGAAGCCGCCCUGCUGGAGAGCUCCGGCGGGUCGCGCACGCCGCCGCCCCCCGCUUCUGCGUCGUACUGCGAGGAGCUGCUGUCGCCGGCCUGUGCUAACAACGCCUUUGCCUUCUCUGGGCAGGAGCUAGGCAGCCUCAUCGCACCGCUCGCCCUCCACACACAGAACUUCGCUGCGGCCGCCGCUGCUGCAGCCGCCGCCGCUGCCUAUUACCGCUGCCAGCAGCAGCCGCCGCCUCCACCCGGUGGGGGCUGCCCGCCGCCCCCUGCAUCGCCGCCUUUCAGCUUCCAGCCCCUUCGCCGCCUCUCCGAGUCGCCUGUGUUCGACGCGCCGCCCAGUCCCCCGGACUCCCUCUCCGACCGGGAGAGCUACUUGAGCGGUUCCCUCAGCUCCGGGUCCCUCAGCGGCUCCGAGUCGCCCAGCCUGGACUCGGGCCGCCGUCUGCCUAUCUUCAGCCGGCUCUCCAUCUCCGACGACUAAGGGAAAGGGAGUACCGGAGGGGCCGGCCCCGCGGCUGCCGGGCAAGUAAGUUAACGAGUGAAGAAAGUGAAUCCUUCUCCUCUUCUUCCUUUUUUUUUUUUUAUAUCUAUAUAUCUUUAUAUAUACACCGAGAGCUGAACAAAGGAAAAAAAGGCUUUUUGCAAAAGGGGCAAAUGACGCAAAUUAAACAAACCUAUUUUUAUAAAGAGAACUUGGAAGAAGGGGAUUUUUUGUUUUUUUUUUGGAAACAAGUUCUGAUCCGCACCAGCAGCAGCCAUUCCAUCUGUGUUCAGAAAGAGGAGAGAAGAAAACAAAGAGAAAAGAGCAUUAGAAAACACACCACCAUAAAGCAACAAACAAUCCGGGGAGCGCUGGCCCUACUUGCCCAGUGCCUCCGAACCUUCGGACACACACAGAAGGUUACGAAAUUGGUUCCUUUCAAUGCAGUUUAGAUAAAACGCAGAAACAUGAAGCCUGUAAAACCUGUCAGCUUUUUUUUUUUUUACGGAAAAGAGGAAAAAAUCCCAUCAUCCUGCCAAGAAUAUGCCUUGAUAACAACCUUUUUUUAUAUAUCUAUGUAUUAUUAUUAUAACAUGCUAAAACCUUCAUUCCAAAGUUUUAAUAUUGGUUCCAUUGCCACCACUUAGUGGAUGUUUGGCUUAGAACAAUUUCUGUUGUUGUUGCUUUAUUUGGAAGCACUCAACUGAGUUUAGUUUGUAAUUGUUGGAGAAUAACUGCUGAUUUUGUUUGUUUGUUUUGUUUGUUUUUUAAUUUUUUUAGCUGGUUUGAGUUGAUUUUGCAUGAGUGAGUCACUGCACACCAACUCAAAUCUGAAACUAUUUAACUUAUUUAUUAUCUUGUGGAAAGUAUACAUUGGUAAUUUGUUCAUACUGUAUUUAUCGGGUAUGAUGAAAAAAGCAACAGAUAUAUAUUCUUUUAUUAUGUUUAAAUUAUGAUUGCCAUUAUUAAUCGGCGAAAUGUGGAGUGUGUUCUUUUCACAGUAAUAUAUGCCUUUUUUGUAACUUCACUUGGUUAUUUUAUUGUAAAUGAGUAAAAUUCUUAAUUUAAGAGAUUGUAAUAUUUAUUUCAUUAAUUUCUUUCCUUGUUUACGUAAAUCUGAAAGAUUGCAUGGUUUCUGUAUAGAAAUCGGUCUUGAUGCUGUGGAAGUAGUUUGAGGGAUUUCUAUGGGAUUUUUGUAGAAUGUAAAAUGGUUGUAGCCUGUCUGAGGUGAAAAACAAAUGAGAGGAAACAAGCCAGCAGCAAAAAGAGGACUGACUUCACAAUCAGAGUGGCAAAUCGAAUCCAGACUUGUUUAAUGUAACCAAAAAGUAUUUUUUGUUGCCUAACCACCAAUCACACUGUGAUAAGAGUCUCAGUAUGUAGCAAUAAUUGGGGGUUCCAGUGUUAGGAUGUCUCACAGUGCCUUCUCAAGGGUCCACGCUUGCCUUAAAUCUCUCUCUCAACCAAAUAAGUAUUUUUUUUUCUUAAUGCUUGAUAUGAUUUGAAUGUAGGGAUGGGUUUUAACUGCAGCAAAAUUUUGCCACUCUUGGUAAGAAUGGAGGCCAUCUUUGGAUCUGAAACUUCGUAUAUACCUGAACAUAUCUUGUUUAAACUGAGUUCCAAAACUUUGGCAUUUUAUUAUUUUUCCUUGUGUAGAGAGUCAGAAGUUUCCUAAAACUUUCCUGGAUGGUGGAUGAAUGAGCGGUAGCUUAGUUUUUGUUUGUACAUAGGUACACAUUGAGCACUAUGUACUCUUUUUGGACUACUUUAACAAGAAGUAUGUUUUGAAUGUAACUAAAGGAUAAGUCAACUUGAGUUGUAAUAUAUUUUUCGGGAGUCAGUUCACUACAGAUUGUGUGAGACUGUAAACUUUGUACUGUAAAUGUUUUGUAGUUCUCCCAAUAAAGUCUUUUUGGAAAAAAAACAGUAAAAA